ACAACAUGCCGUCCUUGUGGAGUCUUAGUUGUCUUCUUUUGGUUCUUGGAUCCCUACAGAUUGUAACGCCUUCUUAUUAUGAUGGAGUUGAGGAGCUGGAUAAUAAUCUAAUUCUCAGCUCAGUCAAGGAAGCAAAGAAGCUGGUAGAUACUGCCUACAAGCGGACCCGUGAUAUCCUUAAAGAGCGUCUUAGGAAAAGAACGUUGACUCCAUCUGAUGUCAUGACAUACUUCAAGCAACCUGUGGCUACAAGCAGAACACACAUCCGAGCCGCAGAUUACAUAGAGACCACCUUUGAACUUCUGACUGAAAAGGUUCGAAGCAUCUACAGCCGACCCUUCAACAUCUCAGACCUGCUGACAACCAAUCAGAUAGACAUGUUGCAUAAGGUUUCUGGAUAUGCUUUCCUACAUCUUCCAAAAGCUUGUCCCCCAACCCAAUACCGUACCUUCACUGGGGAGUGCAACAACAGGAGAUUUCCAAACUUUGGAGUUUCCAAUAGACCUUACACACGCUUGCUACCAGCUCAGUAUGAAGACGGGAGAGGGCUCCCUCAAGGCUGGACAGAAAAUAGUAGGAUCAAUGGCUUCACCUUACCUCUGGCAAGGGCUGUCUCCAAUGAGAUUGUCCGAUUCCCAGAAAGAGAACAGACUCUGGACAAACAGCGGUCUCUCAUGUUCAUGCAGUGGGGACAGUGGAUCGAUCAUGACCUUGAUCUGGCACCAGAAACACCAUCAAGAUCAACCUUCAUAAGAGGCCUUGACUGUGAUCACAGCUGUGCUCGGGAGCUCCCAUGCUUUCCCCUGCGGAUCCCCCCAAAUGACCCUCGUAUAACCAACCGCAGUGACUGUAUCCCCCUUUUCCGCUCAAGUCCCGCUUUUCAGCAAGGUUCACCUAUACGUGAACAGAUGAAUAUCCUCACGUCAUACAUUGAUGCCAGUCAAGUAUAUGGCAGCACUAAUGAAUUGGCCAGAAGACUGCGUGACAACACCAAUCAGCUGGGUCUCAUGGAUGUUAACAAAAACUUUACCGACAAUAGACGUCCCUACCUCCCUUUUAGUACAAAUGGCAAAGAAGAAGAUUUCUGUUUGCAGACUAACAUGACUUCUGGUCUCCCGUGCUUCUUAGCUGGUGAUGGUCGCGUCAGUGAGCAGCCUGGUUUAACUGCAUUUCACACACUCUUUGUCCGAGAACACAACCGCAUAGCUACCGCGUUAUGUAGGAUGAAUCCACGCUGGAAUGGAGAGACACUUUUCCAAGAAACUAGAAAAAUUAUUGGUGCCAUUACACAGAAAAUAAAUUAUAAAGAUUGGCUUCCCCUGCUGUUGGGUUCUUCCAUGUCUAGGAUGGUUCCUCCAUACUCUAACUAUAAUGAAACAGUCAACCCAGGAGCAUCUAAUGUGUUCAGCUUGGUCUUCCGUAUGGGUCACACAAUGAUCCAGCCAUUUAUUUAUCGCCUGCUGGAUGGUUACAAGACCUCAAGGAACUUUCCUCCAGUCCCUCUGCACCUUACAUUCUUCAACACAUGGAGAGUUGUGAGAGAAGGAGGCAUUGACCCUCUUCUUCGAGGCCUCAUGGCAAAUCAAGCCAAGUUGAACAGGCAAAACCAGAUUUUGGUUGAUGAACUCCGAGAACAUCUCUUUGAGUUGUUCAAACGUCUUGGCCUUGAUUUGGGAGCCAUCAAUAUGCAGCGUGGGCGGGAUCAUGGAUUACCAGGGUACAAUGCAUGGAGAAGAUUUUGUGGACUGUCCGAGCCCCGCAAUGUGGCUGAUUUAGCAGGAGUUCUCAAAAACAGGCCACUAGCAGAGAAAUUCAUGUCUCUUUAUGGCACCCCGCAAAAUAUUGACAUCUGGACGGGAGCUGUUGCCGAACCUCUGCUGCCGUAUGCAAGAGUAGGGGAACUGUUAGCGUGUUUAAUCGGGAACCAGUUCCGCAGAACCCGUGAUGGAGACAGAUUUUACUAUGAAAAGCCAUCAGAGUUCACAAUAGCUCAGAGGAAUGCCAUAAACAGAGUGACAAUGUCUCGAAUCAUCUGUGAUAACACAGGAAUCACUGAAGUUCCUCGAAAUGUGUUUGUAGCAAAUACCUACCCAAGAAAUUUUGUAAGAUGCUCCCAGAUUUCUGCUUUUGACCUCAGCCCCUGGAGGAAAAGGAAGAGCGGGUCAGAAGUUGAAGAUCCUGAAGAAUAAAGGAGUCAAAAAUGGGAUUCUGGUCUAUUUGAUGUAUCCCGUAAACAUGCCAUGUUAUAUACAAGAGAAUGUGAUCCUGGAGAAGGCUGCCGAGCGUUAUUCAUAAAGCUGCUGUAAUAUGCUACACGACAACAGUCUGUACUGAGCUGUGCUUGUAAAGUGUGAGAUCUGGACUUAGGAUGGGGUGUAACAUUUUAAUAUACUGCCUGUGCUCCCUCUGCCAGUGACCAAAGAUCACAGAAAAAUUCACACUGCUUUUCAUUCAUUCAAGAAUAUUCACACUUGUAUUUUAAAAUUGUA